CCCCAAGUCCCAAUGCAUAUUGUAUUUAAUUACAUUUUGCUCCCAAAAUUCGUUGUAGCCUGUUUCAUGGUUUUAGUAGAGUCUCUAGGUUUUAGGAGCCGUGCACUGGUUACCAUCUGUGUUACCGAUUCAGCUGCAGUAAAAAAGCACAACAAACUCGAAUAAUAAUCCCCUUCUAUGUUUCUUCUUCUAUGGUCUGAUUGGCCUUCAUCGGUCCGCAUCCGGCGCAUCCGGCGCAUUCGCCGCAUUCGCCGCAUCCUGUUUUUCCCUCGAUCGCUCUAUGCCUAUUUCCUGGAUUAUGGAUUUGUUCACGCUCCACGGCGAAGUCAGUCAAAGUCAGCCCGAGAUUCGUACCCAAUGCUUCGAGAUUCUGCAGGCAGAAUGGCCCCGAAGUGAGGCCUUGCGAUGGCGAACCUUGGAUGGGUCACGCGAGUCACUCCCCAUGAGUUUGGCCUUAGCCUCACCGGAACCCGCUCACCCCAUGUCCUCACUCUCGGUUCCACUCCCACCCACACCUGGUGCCCCCUACUACGUGGUCUACGGUAGUGCUCGCCUGGCGCUCAUUCCCUCCGACCCUCAAUCCUCCGUCUGGGUCGAGUCGGUGGUGGUGCGACCGGGUUUGCGGGGACGGGGUUUGGGUCAAUAUCUUAUGUUGGGGUUAGAGGGAUUCUGUCGAGCCCGUGGAUAUCGUCGAAUGUACCUAUGUACCAUUGACCAACAAGUUUUCUACUCUAAACUGGGCUAUUCCUUCUGUCCGCCCAUUACUUAUUAUGGAGGGCUAUUAGAUAUUACCCAACUGCCCACCUCAACCCAUCAUCACCGUAAUCAUCCAAGUCCAAAGUCACGUGCUCAAACCCCACCACAUCAAGCCGAACCUUCCGAUGCAUUGACUUCAACCGCAAGUGAAACACCGGAACCGACCCCUCCACCCCCUCCACCCCCUCCACCAGCCUCACCAAUCACCCCCAUCAAUACAGUGGCCCAAAAUUGUGGCGUGGGCCAGCCCAAUGAUUCUCCGGCACGCCAGUAAUUGCUUGAACAAUGCCAAAGAUUAUUCCGUCGACCCAAGGGUCCGAUCGCAGUCCCGCUAGUCAAGCCUUUCAAACUCUAUCCCAUAGUAAACCAAUCUAGUAGCUCAUCUAAUGCUUCAGCCUCGUGUCGAGCCACUUUAACUAAAGAUUUCAUGAUGAAAGAGCUCUGACCCUUCUUUGUUGCAGA